UCAUGUUACACAAUUGAUGCUUAGAUAAAAAGAAUACGAGUUAUACCAUUGAGACGAAUCAUUCGAUGAAUAUUGCUUAAAAAUGUUUACGAAAUGUACACGUGUGAUGCUUAACUUUAUAGGUUACGUUACUUUUGUCCAAUUUUCACCCGUCCGCUACAUUCACAAUCGGGUGCAAUAUUCUGCAACUGGUCGUAACUUUUUACAAAAGAGGUGCGGACGAUGUGCGGCGAUCGAGACGCCGCCAUGUUUAACUGUUAGAACUAUCGGUUGCGUGAAAGUAAACCAACGCGUGCGACGACUGCAGCGAGACAUCAUUACGAAGCGUAGAGCCAGUGUAUUCUGCUUGGCCAAAACUUUUCAAAGGUAAUUAGCACAAAAUGUCGAAGAAACCAGGAGCCACCCAAGCAAUGCAUAAAGUCAUAAUGGUUGGGAGUGGAGGUGUUGGAAAAUCUGCUCUUACAUUACAGUUUAUGUAUGAUGAGUUUGUUGAAGAUUACGAACCUACAAAAGCAGAUUCCUACAGAAAAAAAGUUGUGUUAGACGGAGAAGAAGUACAAAUAGAUAUCUUGGAUACUGCAGGACAAGAAGACUAUGCGGCAAUUCGAGACAAUUACUUUCGUAGUGGAGAAGGAUUUCUUUGUGUAUUUUCAAUAACAGAAGAUGACAGCUUUCAAGCUACACAAGAAUUUAGAGAACAAAUUCUCAGGGUAAAAAAUGAUGAGAACAUUCCAUUUUUAUUAGUGGGAAAUAAAAGUGAUUUACAAGAAAAGAGGAAGGUUAGCCUAGCUGAAGCUCAAGCAAGGUCUCAACAAUGGGGUGUUCCUUACGUAGAAACAAGCGCCAAGACGAAAGAAAAUGUGGAUAAGGUAUUCUUUGAUUUAAUGCGAGCAAUAGCUGCUCGCAAGGCACAGGAAAACCAGGGAGAUGGAAGUGAACGUAAGAAGAAAACAAACUGCUGCAUCUUGCUAUAACAAACAUAAACAAUAUGUAGUUUGUGUUAUACGGAAGAUUGAAACGAAAGUUUUCUGACACUUUACAGUGAAAUGACACGAAAUUUUUGCUGUUUAUUGUAUGAUAUACAGAAUAUUCUUAAGUAGAAUAUAUUCACAUUUAAAACAUAUACAAUUUAAUAUAUAACAUUUAUAUAUGUAUUAUUCACCGCUCCACAAAAAUAGGGAACGUUGAGCAUCUGAAAAGUGUUCUCUAUUUUUUGUGUAGUAAUGUAUAACUGGUCUGGUUUCCUAUUUAAAAUAUUCACAGAUUAUUAUGUACUAUAAUUGAUGUUUUCUAUGAAAUUAUAAAAAAACGAUUUUAAUGGCAAUACAUUUUUUAUCGCAAUACAUUUAUCAUUCUUUGUCGUACUAUAUUACUGUUCAAUGCAUUCCUAUGAUAUAUAAUUUGAAUUAAAACACAAAAUUUACGGUGCAAUAUUUAUAAUAUCAGAAUUAUCAUUAGAAAAACACAAAAGGUUAUUUAUGAAAUUGUUUUUAGAGUGCUGAAAUCAUAAUUAAUGUUAAUAUAAUUGAGAAAAUUUAAAAU